AAUACAGAACAAACGGGGAUGGUCGCGGUUACAUCAGUCUGGUGCAUUGCUUAACACGGGCUGGCGGAGGCGACCGGAGGCGGUGUGCCCUGCCAUUUUUCAAGUGUUUCUUCAGUCCUUUGUCUCCAGCAAAAAAAAGUGCCCUAACUGAUAAUGUGAAGGUUGCGUUGCAUUCGAGAAUAAAGAAAGAAACGCCGCGGGAUUUGAAUUUUACAGAUUGCUGCACCACAAUUGCGUUUUUUUUAAUUGCAUUUAUUUAUUUAUCAGAAGCACCGCUGCACUGAAACAGAUACAGUAAGCAAUUUGAAGACAACACUGCAGAUUUAUGUAUAGCCUAAACGUUUUGUGUAAAAUGUAGCGCUUUAAGUGUAUCUCAGAACAAAACGCUAUUUUUUUUUAAACGAGACACCUGCCAGUUGUCUUGAAUCACACCAGUGCAGAAUUGCAUCUGUAUUAGGGGGGGAAACCAUACGGCGUGACUGAGAAAUGAGGCUGGGAUACUGUAUCUCGCAUUAGAAAACAGCUUAAUAAGCAAAAGCGACAACCUUGUCCUGUCCUGAGAGGCACGGAGGUGGACAUUCUGGAUAGCUAACAGCGGCUAAAACGGACCGCCGCCUCUUCUUCGCCCUGUUCUUUUAUUAAUAGAGGUUUUUAAAAUGGGAAGACCACCUCAAGCGGACGGUAAUAUCAGCGUCAGGACGGUGGAGCCCAUGCCCGGCUAUGCGGAUCUUAUAACUAGGAGCUGUUCGGCUUUGCUCAGUGCCUUCAACGAGUGCCGGGGCUGCGGGUUUGAGCUGUCUAAAAGGACGCUGUUGGAAAACGCCAUCUUAACUUGGAGCGACAUCGUGCUGUUUGCGGUGUGUGCCCUGGGGUGGACAGUGCUGCGACAGGCGCUUUCUGCGUAUAUAUUCCGGCCGCUGGGACGCUGGUGCGCUCUGCAGCCCAAGGAUGCGUCGAAAAUGCCGGAGAGCGUGUGGAAACUGCUCUUCUACACGGCAUCCUGGUCCUACAGCUUCUACCUGCUCUUCUUCACUCAGUACACCUUCUUCCAUGACCCGCCCUCCGCCUUUUACGACUGGAAACGAGGGAUGGCGGUGCCCACUGACAUCGCGGUGGCCUACCUGAUCCAGGGCAGCUUCUACGGGCACGCGAUCUACGCCACACUGCACAUGGACGCCUGGAGGAAGGACUCGGCCGUCAUGCUGCUCCACCACGUCAUCACCCUGGCGCUCAUCACCUUCUCCUACGCAUUCAGGUAUCACAACGUGGGAAUCCUGGUUCUCUUCCUGCAUGACGUAAACGACAUCCAGCUGGAGUUCACCAAGCUCAACGUGUACUUGAAGAACCGGGCUGGAGUCUACCACCUCCUCAAUGACCUGGUCUCCAACCUGGGCUGUGUGAGCUUCGGCACCACCUGGUUCUGGUGUCGUCUUUACUGGUUCCCUCUUAAAGUCCUCUACACCACCUGUGUCUCCAGCCUGCAGUCUGUUCCCAAUAUCCCUUUCUACUUUUUCUUCAACACUCUGCUGUUUGCGCUCACCCUGAUGAAUAUCUAUUGGUUUCUGUACAUUCUGCUGUUCGUGGUAAAGGUGCUGACAGGGCAGAUGACGGAGGUGAACGAUGUGCGGGAGUACGAUAUCGAGGAUAGCAGGAAGACCGCUCUGCACAAGAAGCAACACGAGCGACCCCAUCACAACUCCUGGAAAGAACGGACGCGCUUGAAGAACGGCAUUGUGAAGGACAAGCGCUUGAAGAACGGCAUUGUGAAGGACAAGCGCUUGUAACGGCCCCGUAGCACCACCUUGUGGCGGAGAGCUGCACUACAAGCCCAGAAGAUCACCCUGCUCUGUAUCCAAGUCAAUGUAAAUAUGCUUUGCAAUUCUAGAAACCAUUCUAGACGCCUUUUUAUAUUUCAGAUUGCACUGUAAAAGGUCUUAGUGUGUUUGAGUUGAUUUUCUCAUUUUCGCCUUCAAAACCGAGUGAAAUUGGACGCGGGAUCAAAUAGAAACAGUUGGGGGACCUUGGCUGGGUUUGCAAAAAAAACCAAAAAAACAUUUGAAGUCAUUAAUGUCAAUUCACUAGCCCCUCGUGCAUGAAUCAGGCUCAGGUCACAAAUGAAUUGAGUUUGCUGGUCUCAGCCAAGCCCUUUGUUGGAUGUUACAAAGCCACAGGCGCAGUUCAGUGCAGCUGGCAGCCUUUUCUAGUACUGAGAGGCUCGGGACUUGACGUCAGGCAGGAGAGAGGCGCACUCGCUGGCAGAGCUGUGAGGGGACGGCCCUAUAGCACCUGCCUGCCUCAUAUACCUGACUGCAUCUAGUGCCACUGUCUCUGUCUUAAUCCUAAAAAAAAGAAGAAAGACAACUGUGUGAAUAAAGAGGGCUUACACUGCCUCUAUUUGUAAGUGGAAAUGGGUGUCACGUCUUAAGGUCACCCUAUUUAAAGAGGGGGGGGUGGGGAGUAAUGAGACGCUCUACAGUGACAUCACCCUCCCUCCGUUGCACACUAAAUCUUGUAUAGAAACUUCACACUAAAAACACUUCCUAAAUCCAGUGUAUCUGACUUGCCAACUCCAUAUACCUUUUAAUAAAGCUACGGAGAAUACUCCUGAUCUUGGGAGCUUUCUGGUGCCCAUAGAAAGCAGAAUUGGUGUGCAGAAGCCUCCUCUUUAUUAUAUUCAGAAGAGCCAGGGAUCGGAUCUGGAGACGCAGCUCUAUUGUGAAGGUCCGUUACGCUGGAUCCACACCUGAUUCACUUUGCUGAGCUCAAGCAAGCCUCUAGCAAACCACGCUGUCUGAACUGGACAUCCCCCAGGUGAAAUUACUGCUGAAAAACUGAGCUCAACCGAUAACCCAACCAGUAGACUGUCUGGUAAAAGAGCAUACUGGGAAUCCACGCUUCACUGAACAUUCCUCGAUUCUUUUAAGAAAGACUUUCACUCUCUGGCUUCUUCACAACGAACCCUGUUGAGAUUUGAACUGAGCUGAACGACGUGAAGUCAAUGCAGAUUUUUCCACAGCAGGACAGCUCCGAAUGAUCUCGAUGUUUUGAACCCGCUCCACAGUAUUGCAUGCAGCUGCAUAUAUCUUGCUGUUCCCUUGACAAGUCAGAGGAUUCUGUUCUUUUGCACAGUGAACAUGUUUUUGAGCAAAUGCACGCAGCGAUCCGACACCUGUGUUGAGCGUUUCUUGAGAGUAUUUUUGUGCCUCUUCAAAACCUUUUAUUUGUUAAUGUUAAAAAAAGUCCCCUCAUUCCCCAAACUGGGUUUAAAUGCAUUUUUUUUGUUGCUUAAUUUUAUAUAUUUUAAUUGUAGAGUUUCUUCAAAUGUAAAACACAAAGCUCUCUAUUGAUUUUUUUUUUUUUUAAUGGUUAAAUAUAAUUUAGGAUGGAAAUGAUGCAUUUUUUAAAUGGUUCCUUUGGUUUCAUCACUGCAGAAGUUAGAAUGCACACCUCCAGUUUCGCUGUACAUUUCAUAGCAUAGCAUCAGUUACAGUGGUGUAGGACUUAUUAAAGCAACUCUUUGGGAAAUUGCACUCGGUUGUAUUACAUCAACAUGAUCUGAUUUCUAGUGAUCUAAGAAGUUCUGCUGUUAAUCAAAAGUCCCUUCAUAAUGUAUUACCUGGUCCAUCGAUUACAACCAGUAACUGCCCACACAGCAUCUUUGUAUUUUAAAAAAGUGAUAUAAUAGUAGAGGUCCAUACAGCAAUGCCCAAGGAUGAAUUAUUUAUAUAUAUAUAUAUAUAUCUCCUACAGUCUCCUACUAAAACCUUUUUUUUUUUUUUUUUUAAUUUCUUAGAUUUUGUAUUUAAAGUCAGAUGUGUUUCCAUCUUUAUUAUUUUUUUAAAAUAAUCCCAGAGUUGUGUAAAUGAAACUAGAGUCCCAUAUUUAAUGUACUGCACAUGGUUUUUGUGGUUGGUGUCUGGACAGUGUUGUCACAGAUCUAGUUGACACGUGUAACGUUUUGCAGAGAUGUGGUUCUUAAGCUACCCGGGUACAAUAGUCCCAUACCGGAGUUCCUGCAAGUCGUUGCACGGGUCUGCUUGGUGUACCGCAGGCUUGAGGAUCACAUUUCUUGCUGGCAUUGUAGUUUCCUUUCAGUCCUCUUAAACUGGUGGUGAACUCAAUAUUCAUGAGUUUUAAAGAGUAGGGGCCUGAUAAUGUACCAGCGACUAUUUUUUUAAUCGCAUUUGCUGAUUUUUCCUGGGACUUUUUGAUCUGCAGUUUCCAUUUGGCCCCGAACCAAGUGUUUGCACAUAUCCACACACAGAUUUCAACCCAUCACCCCUCUCCUCAUGCCAGGCAAGAAAUGUUGAACCCCAAUCCUUCUAAUUCUGCAUGCGUGAUCAGUGGAAAAAACAUAGAUAAGAAAUGGAUAUAUUUUUUUGUAAUAAAAUGUAAAUAUUUAAAACCACUGAAAUGUUAUCCGUUCACAAGAAUAAAACCUUUUUUUUUUU